GUGGAGAAUGGCAUUUGCAGACCGAUCCUGCACUUGGUGGGGGCUUUUUUCCGGCGACAGAACUGACACUAACAGAAGUGGGCUUUACUCGCAAGUAAGCGUGUGCCUCGGCCCGCAGCCUUUUGGCCCCUCUUCGCGGCGCACGUGGAGUUGGGACUGGGCGCCAGGCGGGAGGGGGAGAAGGGGCGGCCCUCUUUGCCGUGGCGCAUGCCUCCCCCGAUGACAGCAGGUGAGCGAGGCGCGGGGGUGGGUCGGGCUCCUGCCCCCCCUCCCCGUCAGCGGGCCCUGGUAGCGGCAGGCAGGCAGGUUCCGCGGGGAGGAGGCGAAGGAAAGAGGGAGAGGGAGGGCCGGCCACGGGUUGGGUGCGGUCCUGGCGGUCCCCGAUCCCGGAUCUCUUCAAUUUCCCCUCUCUGUCGCUCACUCGUGCGCCGCGAGCAGAGGCAGCGGCAGCGAGAGCAGCAGCUCCGGCGGCGGCGCUGACCGCUAGAGCGCGGCGGCUAUUUAACCGCGGCAGCCAAAACAAACGGGGCCCGCGCUAUUUAUUGGCGGCGCCGGAGCGGGCCGGCUCAGAGCGGCCCAUCAGCGCACCUGCCCGGCUCGCCGCAUGGACGCUGCCGCUGCUCGCUGCCCGGGGCUGCCCGGCUGCUGCCGCCGUCGCCGCCACCGCCGCUGCUGCAGUUCCUCCUGCUGCUGAGCGCCCGCUGGUCGUCGUCGGAGCCAUGAAGGCGGCGCGGCUCCUGCUCCUGCUGAGCGGCUGCGCUCUGCUCUUGCUAGCGCCGCCGGUGCGCGGCUGCGGGCCGGGCCGAGUGGUAGGCAGCCGCCGCCGCCCGCCCAGGAAGCUCAUUCCGCUCGCCUACAAGCAGUUCAGCCCCAAUGUGCCCGAGAAGACGCUGGGCGCCAGCGGCAGGUACGAAGGCAAGAUCGCCCGCAACUCCGAGCGCUUCAAGGAGCUCACGCCCAACUACAACCCGGACAUCAUUUUCAAGGACGAGGAGAACACGGGCGCCGAUCGCCUCAUGACCCAGGUAGGCACCAAGCCCAGCCCCUGCUCCAGCCGCGGCGCUGCGCUGCGCCCUGUCUCUCGCCUUCGCUCGCUUUCGCUGCCUGCCUUCUCCACUCGAGUCUACCUGAGCGGCACGCUAGAACCCGAACCCACGUGCCCCUGCCGUGGCUAAGCUAAACACGGCGCCGCGCUCCGCUGAGCUGCUCUGUGCCAAGUGGCCGGCGAGCCCUUCGGAAAAAGGGAAGGAAUCCUUCGCGGCUCGUCUUCCCUUCUCCAGGGCACCUGCUCACUCCGUGUGGGCUCUGGCCACCUGUUUGCUGCCACCUCCAUAUCCAGUCCUGUGGGUUUCGCCGGCUUUCGAGGAAAGCAAAGCGUAGCUAAGGGCUCCAUGACCGUGGAAGCAUGGAGAGAUUACCGGGACCUUUGGAAUGGCUUUUUGGAAGUCAGCUCCGGGUUCCGAACACUUUCCUGCUCCCCAAUCCAGACCUGGAACGUUAUUAGUUUCUCAUUGCCGGUGGAAACCCUGAUGAAAGUUUAGGGGCGAUGAUGCAUAAUCAAUGCCAGAUCCUUUUAUCCGCUUGGCACCGGUAGCAGUAGCACGGGAAAAAUCACCCUUCUUUAGGUGUUGAGGGCGGAUGCGUUCCGCGACAACUUCUUGUUAUUAUUGAUUAUAUAUAUUGGUUGCGUUUUUCGGGGGGGGGGGGAAUGAACUCAAAGCAACUUUAAAAAACAAAAUAGAUAUAAAACAAGAAUAAAAACAUAAAAUAUACCAAAUAACAUGCACAGAAGAGCAAAUCCAAUUCCAUCCCACCCCACUUAAAAACAUGUUCAGGAAAUUAAACUCCCAAGGCCUGGGCGAAUAAACAUGAUUUUUACCUGGUGCCCAAAACAGCUAGUCAAGAUGUCAGGUUUGCCUCCCACAGGCUCCCUGGGAAAAACAUUCCACAAUCAAGGAGCCACCACUGUGAAGGCCCAUUCUUGUGUCAUUACCCUUUGCAUUUCCCUUGGAGAGGAUACACAAAGGAUUGCCACAAAUGAAGUUCUAUGUGCGCAUGGUCCCAAUCUGGCAGAGGCGCCCAGACUGUUAGGACUGUGAAGGGUUGGUAGGAUGGUGAUGGAGAGAAAUUGAGGUGUUUGGGGAUUGAUUGAUUGAUUGAUUGAUUGCCUGCCUGCUUAGUUUCACAGACAGCAUUAAAUCCUUUCAUUUCUCUCCCUCCCUCUCUCAUCCCUGCUCUCAAUUUCUUUCAAGAAAUGAGAUGUCUCAUCAGGCACCAGCAUAAAUUGAAAUAUGGAAACACAUCUUGUAAUGUAGAGGAAAAUGAUAGUUGAAGUGCAUUAAGAAUCAUUAUUAUUAUGAACUUUAUUCUUCCCCACACCCUUUUCCAUAGAGGUGAUCACCACAGCACAGAUUUGCAAUAUAUUUCAUAUUCUUAUUAUAGACUGAACAAUUCUGUGAGAUAGUCUGGGCUGAAAAGUACAGUGCAAGCAAGGUUACCCAGUGGAGCUUUGUGGCUGAGAGGAUUCAUACAGGGAUCUGUUCAUGUAUGGCUGGGGGACCAUAAUUCCCAUUAUCCCUAGGCAUUGGUCAUGCAGACUGGGACUGCUGUAUGUUGGAGUCCAACAACAUCUGGAGAGCCACUGGAUCCCGAUUUCUGAUCUAGGUCCAGCUCUAUAGCCACUGUCCAAUUAUAGCUUGUUGCAUAGAGAGUAGGUUGUGAUAGCAAGGUUAGCCUGUUAGCAAAAACAACCUGUCUGGGGGGGGGGCAAUACUUUGAUACCUACCUCCAGUGGUUGCACAUAUUUGGCCUUACAAGGGAGCAAGGGUGGGCAUAUGUGCCCCCUGACCUGCUGUUUGUCCUCCCCAUCACUGCAGAAAGCAUUUCCCUAGCAUCUAAUUCAAGCAGCACAUUCCCUCUUGGAAACUAUUUUGGCUUCUCUCCAAUGCCCCUUUAUUAUGGUUUCUCCCCUAAGACUGGGUUUACCAAGAGUUCUGUUUUGGCUCAUUCUCCACAAAGGGGACCUAGCAGCUAUUCAAGUAGACUGAUGAUUGUAGCCCCAUAGUUCCAUUCUAUGUUGCUUUGCUCAAAAGUAAAUUCCACUGUGUUCAAUGGGAUUUACAUCCUAGAAAGUGUGUUAAGGGCUGCAGCUUUAGUGUGGAAAGGUAAAGGUAAAGGGACCCCUGUCCAUUAGGUCCAGUCGCAGAUGACUCUGGGGUGCGGAGCUCAUCUUGCCAUAACUACAUCCCACUAAGUUCAGUACAGCUUGCUCCCAUGUAAGUAUGCAUAGGAUUGCACCCAAAGUGUGAUAGGUAGGGAAGCAGUACCCAAUAUUGGAACUUGGGCAAGUGGUUAGGCAUGGAUAAGUGCUUUGUGGGUACAAUCAAUCCCAGAAACUGGAUUUUAGGAUAGGGAGGCUAUAUUCUGGAUGUCUCACCUGACAGGAAUGCCAUAUCUUGAAGAUGACCUUUGCCACUUGAUUUUAAUAGCAUUAUUUAAAUAAAUAAAAAGAACAAUCAAUGUAUCUUUAAUUGUGACCUAAUUCGAUCUACUCUGCAACAGGCAGAUGCCACCAUGUCCCAAACUUUUAAAAAAAUAGAUCAGUCUUGAGUGGUCUACUUAAAAAAGAAAGAACAUAAUUCUUGUAUUCUACAAAUGUAAUCUAAGUUGCAUACUGUACUCAGGCUCCCUUCACAUAACUUGUGGUGUGAAGGGCAGGAUAUAAAUAUUUAAAUAUGUAAACAAACAAACAAACAAACAAACAUAAGAAAUGCCUUGCUGGCUUUGACCAAAGUCCAUCUUGUCCAACAUCCUUUGUAAGAAUCCUUGCAGCCAGCAUGUACUGGGUGGAUCACCAGAAACUGUUGCAGCUGUGUCAACAGGGGCAAGACUUGGGGGCAGAAGUCUGGGGCCCCACUUGGGAGAAUAAGCAGGAUGGCUCCAAAAAUGUUGGGGUUGAUUUAUCACAUUCUGAAGCAAGUGAAACAAUGCACAUUACCAUCUAAUGAGUGGAUGGGAUGUUAGGCUGUUAAGUCCAAUUACCUGUGCCAUUGCACUGGUUAAUCAUGAUCAGCCUUCUGUCCGCUCCUGGCUUAGAUGAAAAAUCAAAGGUGUUGGUUGGCAGCUGUUAGCUCCAACAGUCAAAAGUUUUAACAUUUAUUUUCAGAGGCUGCUGCCCACUUUGCAUAUCAAAUGAUAGAGAUUAACAAGGGAUAGUGAAAGCUCUGAGGACAUGCUCUGCUUGUGAACCACCUAGGAAUAUUGUGCUGGUUUCGUCAUGUCAGAAAACAGAAUUCCAGGCUAGAGGGUAGUGGGUUAUUUAUUAUGCUCUUCAGAUGCUACUGACACUCAGUUAAACCGUACAAUAUAAGAAAAAUGCAGUUCAAUAUCAGAUGACAUGGCAGAGCAGUCUUCGUCAGCCUGUUACCCUCCAGAUAUUUUGGACUGCAACUCUCCUCAAACCCAGCCAGCAUAACAUGAUGGGAGUCGUAGUCUGAAAAAUCUGCAGGGCACCACAUUGGCAAUUACUGUGAUACAGGGGUGCCAACUUGAAUAAAAUAUUGUGGGGCCCAGGUAAGCCCACCCCACAUAAUCAGUCACAUGACACAGUGCACACACACCAUUUGAAUGGGAAUGCUUAUAAACUUUGUGGGGGCCCAGCCCCCUCAAAUAUUAUAUUGUGGCAGCUGAAGCCCCUACAGCACCUAGGAGUUGGCUCCUAUGCUGUUAUAGCCAUAGAGCAGGAGGGAUUCAAGUAUGCCAUGCCAGAAAAGCCUAUGGGACUAGGGAUAAGCAUACAUAGGAAGCUGCCUUACAUCAAAUCAGACCAUUGGUGUAUCUAGCUCAGUAUUGUUCACACCAGCUGGCAGUGGCUCUCCAGAUUUUCAAAUGGGAGAGGCUCACUCCUACUUGGAGAUGCUGGGGAUUUAAUCUGGGACCUUCUGAAUGCAAAGCAGAUACUCCACCACUGAGCUAGAGCCCUGUAAAACAUGCCUAGCAGGCUCAGCAUGUCACAUGCAGCUACAGCAAAAGCUGAAAUCGGACUCUUUUAGUCCCCAGCCAGUCUCUUGACUAUGGGAAGGGAAAAUCCCUUUCAAAGCUAAAUAUGGGGAUCCAUUACUGACAUGGGGACAAAUAGAAGAAGAUGCAUGGAAUAGAAGAGUAUGGUUCCCCUUUAUCACAUACAUAGUCGAACAAGACAACAACAAGAAUCCACUGACAGCAUACAAAUCAAUAUGGCUAACCUGACCCAAAAAUCCACCCCUCACACACACAAACAAAUUUCACUACAGCCAACCCAAGACAACUAACCACACCCUAGGCUACCCCCAACCUCUCUCACUACCAAAUAAAUAUUACAAGUGAAUAGAAAGAGAACCCACACAAGUGAUGCUGACACAAACUCCCACACAUACACUACAUGGAAGAAUAGAAGCAUUCCCACCCCACCCCAUGCACCAUGCCCACCCUUCCCCUCUUUCCGUCUCUUUUCUUCCCAACCUAAUACUGCAUGCAACACUAAUGUCUCACAGCAAAUUAAACUGAUUUGUAAGACACAAUGCACAUUUUUUUUUAUUAUUUACCUCAUUGCCUACCCACCACUUUACCUUUGGCUAACGUCUGCGGGGAAUUGACCUGGGGGAAGUAGUUGUGGGGGAAAUUGGUAGGCUGAUCCUUAUGUUUGGGACAUUUUGAAAAGGAUGCCCUAACUUUCCAGUUAACAUAACUGGGAUACAAUCUGUCUUGGGGGAUUGUUAUAGCAAGGUGAUCCUGCUUAUUAAGUUGGAAGCAAAGAAUCUGACUGUCUAUAGACAGCCUAGAGUUCACUAGGCCACCUUCUAAGCAUACUGUAACAUCAAAGCUAAUUCUUAAAAAGCAAACUAUUCAGAGUCUAAUCUUUGUUUUAAAAACCAUCCGGAUACUCCAUUUAGCCUGUUUUGAGGAGAUGGUGGCCCCAAAUAGGGUUAUAUACUAAAUCUAGACUAGGAAGGACUGGGGAAAACAAUCUGCCUUCUGUCCCCAGCUCUGGGAGCGUUUUCAUAUUGGACCCUUUAAAAACCUUGUAGUGUUUGUUUGUUUGUUUGUUUGUUUGUUUGUGUGCAUGUAUGGAUGUCCAUUUUAUCCAAGUGAAAGUUUUACGUUACAGAUGUCGUAAAUGAAAAACAAACAAACUCCUAACGUUUAAAGCAGGGAUGGGGAACCUAUGCUCCCUGCAGAUGCUGUUGUAGACCAGCAACAUUUGGAGGGCCACAGGUUCCUCAACUCUUGAUUAAAGCCUCACUUUUGACAAUAGUCUGAGAUAACCAAUGCAUAGUGGGAAGAAAGGCUGGGAGGGAGGCCUGUGAGGUGAAUUGCUAGGGUCCAGCUACUUUUGGCCAGCUAUUCUUUUUUGUGGUGGGGUAGGGGAAGAAGUACAAUAGACUGGUUGUAGUAGAUUAGACCUCUGGAGUGACAGGGGAUGUCAGAAAGAUCUAGGCCCACUGAAUGUUUUAGAACUGCCUCUUGGAGUAUAGACCCAAUGAGAUGUGGCUACUGCUCUGUACAGAGCCCUGUGAUCUGAAAGACAGGGGAAAUAGGGAGGGGGGUGCUCCUAACACCUCCCUAAAUGACAUAGUUACAAGAACCUGCAGGUUUCGGUUCUGACACCAAGAUGCUGAAUGGGGCUUAUUUCCCCCCCCUCCCCCAUGCCUCAGUUUCCCCUGCUGGCCAGGGUUGCUGGAAGGAUAUUUGAGCAAGGUGAGUGCUGAGCAUUGUGAAGAUGUUGACACAAGCAUGACUGAGAUGCUUACACAGGGGACUAUUCCCUCUUGUAAAUUCCACAAGUCUUGCCCGUUGGAGCAGGAACCUGGGAUGGUGAUAGUUGGGGGAUGGGUACUGUGGAGCCGGAAGUUAUGUAGGACUCUUUUGGUAUCACCGGAGAAAUGCCUGUGGGCUCCAGGAAUGCAGAUAAAGAGCUAUUUCCCCCUCCUGGUCUGCCACCCUGCCUGCCACCAGUCAGGGUUAUGGUGCAGGUGAGUCUCCUAAAGCCUCUGGGAUGCAGCUGGAGGUCUGCUGGGUCAGUGCUCUCACCCACCCUAGGGGCAUGGGGGUGGGGUCUGUCACUGGUUAAAAUACAGAGAGUGUGAUAGAGUAGGCAAAACCAAAGAGGUUCACUGGUGUUGCCCAUGGCAGCUUGACUAGGCAUAGGGAUGGAUUAUCUGGCUGAACAAUCAUAACAUAAAAUCAUGCAUUGCCUCUAUUAACAGGGCUUGGGAUCUAUGUGGCUUUCAACAAGGGCUCCCCAUUCAAGAGACUCUGCUAGAAGUAUCACUUAGCAUGUUAUAGUUCAGGGAAGAACCACCUUUGGCCCGUCAGAAGAUGGAUUCCAUCUCCCAUCAGUCCCAGGCAGCAUGGUCAGUGGUUAGGGAUGAGGGAACCUGAAAUCCAAUGAUGUUUGUGUAUGUUUACAGCAACAAGCUAACCUGAUAAUACUUGGACUUUUGCCAGCAUCCCCACCUUCUCUCCAGAGCAGGCAGGCAUGCUGAAGGCAUAGCUUCUGAGGCAUGAUGCUAGGUUCAAAAUGUAUCACCUGAGCAUGAGGGGUGCUCUUGUUCAGCCCCUCCUUUCCUCUCCACCCCCACCCCCAUUGCUGGUUUCUUAUUGCUCUUGACUUGAGUUUCAUCAAGUCCAAGGGUCUGCAUUUCCCUGGGCAACAGGAUCCCGCCCACAUGUCCUUAUCACUCCAUCUUUCUCAAGAAUGUCAGUCUCUGUUUGCUUCUGGUGCCUGAGCUCAGAGGUGGAGAUAAGGCCCAGGAAUAGUUGCCUCACCUCUUUUCCGCCCAUCACCGCCCCCCAGCCCCAGCUUCCUUCUCCUUGCUCUCUGAACCAAACCUCCCUCACUAUGAUUUGCAGGGAGCUUAAGUUAGGCCAGGCCAACAUCCUCUGGGCUCCUCCAGAUUGGAGUGUGCGUGCAUGCAUGCAUGGGCGGAGAUAGGGAGGUUUCUGGGUGUAUUCUGCAACAUGUGAUUGAUGCAAUAAUAUUGCAUUAGUGGUGGAUAUAUACUGAACUGUUCACACAUCAUUCUGCUUUAUUAGAUGUUCUGUGAUGCUCCCUCAAUAUGAUUGCAUUAUUGCCAUCUGGGCAGGGUACUGUUGCACAGUAGUACAAGAAAAGCAGGCAGAAAAAGAAGAAGCCACCAAACCCAGAACACCAAUGGUAUAGAAAGUUAUAGAAUUCCAUCAAAAGGUUACAGGAUAUAGAUUGGCUGGAAACAAAGUAGUACGUCCACCCCAAAACCUUUGCAAGUGCAUACAUUAUUGAAAGUGGGACAACAGACCCAAUACCAUCAUUAGCACAAAGCAUCAUGAAUGCUUAUGAACAGGCUGCUGGUAUUCGUUUGUGAGCUGCUGCUGGUCUUUCCCCCCUCUCAAUCUGAUAGGGGAAAGAGUACUAGUUCUAGGGUCUAGUGCUCAGCUCCAGCCAUCGUCCUCUGGCUCUACCAAGACAAUUGAUCUUCCAAGCACCUCAAGCAACUGUCCCUCCUGGAGGUGGCUUUCAUGGUCCCCAUGAUGCCUAUUCACUGCUCAGUGCUCCUGCAGGAAUAAGUGCCAUUCUUUCUUUCCAGACCAAAAGUUGCCAGCAACUUAGUGGAGCUGGUAUCAAUUUGUACAACAGUGGAUACUUUUCUGAGCAGCACAGAAAUAUGCAGGCUGGGUAAAUUCCCCCUGUCUAUACAAGGCCUGUUAGCAGAGCCCUGGUCCUCUCCAAGAAGUUGAGCUGCAGAAACUUCCAGCUCUGCCUACUUAAUAUUGUGGGUUGUAUUUAACUUUUAUUUAGCACAAGCAAUGUGUACAGUGUUGUAUAAAACAGAAACAAUGUAGUUCCUGCCCUUGCUUGCCACUUGCCAUUUCUUUACCUUGCCAUUAAGGCUUAUUUGCUAAUUUUUUAAACCCAAUUCUUCCUCCAAGGAUCUCAAAAUGGUAUAUGUAGUUCUCUCCCUCAUCCCUGUUAUCUUCACAAUAACCCUGUGAAGUAGGUUAGACUGAGAGAUAAUGACUAGUCAUCCAGUGAGUUUCAUUACUGAAUGGGGAUUUGAACCCCAGGUAUUCCUAGUUUUCUAGGCUCUAUACCACACUUAACCCUUACCAGCCCUUCUCUAAAGUGUGCUGUAGAUCUGUACACUAUAAUAUAAAUCAGAGAAGGCUAACCUGCAGCAGCUGGACUGUGAACCCCAUUACCCCUGACCAUUGGGAUUGUUGGCUGGGGCUAAUAGAUGUUAGAAUCCAACAACGUUUGCAAGGCCACAGGUUAGCCACUUCUGUAGGUUACAUUUUCUGGACAAGGAGCAAGUGGACAGUGCUGGUAUUGCCAAAUGAUUAGUAAAUAUAGUUCCUACCCCUACCUUUCACCAUGGAGAACUUCUUCAUAGCAUCACUGACUGCAUGCCCUGGAAUGUGGCUUCCAUUCUAAGGGUGUGGAGAGGGAACCCUGGAGAAUAUUUGUGGCUGAAUAUAUGUGGGUAUAGUUGGUGUUGGAAGCAGGACUUGCUGAAUUUUGUCCUUUUACUGAUGAAUUGGACUCAAUAACUGAGGCAAGAAAUGAGGAGAACCUAAUCCCUUUCAUAUGUGAGCAUGUACCGCUCCAUGUGCUGUUUACUGAGCAUUCAGCCUGAUUUGUUUGCAGUGAAAUUAGACAACAUUAAUGAGGCUAGAUGAUGUUGCAUCAAAGCAAGUGUUAUCUCACACCCUCCAGUGCAUUUCUGUAACUUCCCUUAUUGCAAAAAGUGCAGUCUUUGGAGAAAAUGGGCUUGUUACACAAGAGCUGCCAAUCAGCCAUAAUUGUGCUGCCUGAAUUUGUCAAUAUGUGGUUGAAUCUCACCAGAAAAUAGCAGCAGUCUGAAAAUGUGCCCUGUAUUUAUAUUUACAAUUUAUGAUUAUCCCCUUGGAUGGUGGGAAGGGCAGAUGUGUUAUGUGCUUCACCAAGUAUCUAGCACCUUGUUAACAAAAUCCCACUUUUUUACUGCUCAACAUGUAGCCCCUAUGCUGUUAGCCUUGGGAGAAUUGAUUGGGCACUGACGCUUACAUAGCUACUAUAGUUUGAACCUUUCCUCUUCUGCUGCUUUCUCAAAACCCUUCAUUGCAGCUCAAAUUGCACCAUGGUACAGCAGCCUCAGCACCAAAUGUUGGGGAUUCUUUCUGAGAGUAUCUGUUCCUAUAUCUGGGCAUCAGAGGUGUUUCUUUAGAACUUGCCUUGUGGUCAAUGAAUUAAAGCACCUGCCUUGUGUCAAUUGGCUUUCCUGUUGCAGCUCUACGCUGACACCUUCUGGCUACAGCUGGAAUUACCAUAUAUGUGAAUCAGUUCUGAAUUUAUUCCCAAUGCAGAAGAAUAUGUACCUUGUGAUUCCCUAUGUAAUUCUCCCAUGAGCUCUCCCAUUGCUCUGGGUAAAUGAUAUAGCCUGGAAGAGUAUGAAUGUGAGGUGAAGGUGAUGGGUACAAUGGCUAUUCCCUGUGCAGCUGACUGUGAGGAAUAACAAACAAAGUCUUGUCUGAAGGCUGUAUUAAGAGGAGUUAUUUUGAUGAGAGGAACAGCCCAUGUAUUUGGAUUCACUAACUCAGGAGUUAGCAUUAACAUGGUGUUCUGGGGUCCUGACAUGUCUAGAGCUAGUCCUUAUUCUUGGUCUGCAGUUUAACAUUUGUUUUAAACUGGUUUUAAUAUUGUACUUUAUUUUUUAAAAAAGCAUUGCUGUACUCCACCCAGGAACCAUAUGGUGAAGGGUGGGUAAGAAAUUGAAUAAAAUAAAAUAAAUAAUAAUAAUCUCACAAAACCUGAUGCAGCCAGAUUCACCCAAGGGACUCAUCAGCUUGUUUGUUUCUACAGUAUGCAAAGUUAAGGUGAUUUGGAGUGGUUUGUUAUCUGUUGUUACAAGGAAAAGUGAGCCAGAGAUGGGGAUGGGAACCCAACUAUGUAACCCCAAACUAUGUAACCCUCACCUUUCCUAUGGUAUUUUAAGGAAAUAAAUAAAUCUCUCUCAUAUAUAAAACACUGUUUGUUGCCUUCUGCAGCACCUUAUCUCUUGAGGUCCAGAACAAACAGUGGUGUGUGGUUGUAGAAACUGGGAUAGCCCUUUGUGCCUGCCCUGUUUUACUAGGGACAAAGGCCAGCCCUGGCCAUAUAUGACCUUUCCUCUGAAUGCAGGGGCGGGUUUUUUGCCUCACCCUUGUACUGCUACUGCAUUGCUCUUUGCCCUCUUCUCAAGGCUGAGUGAAACGUGACCUAAGGAGUGGGAGGGUCAGGCCUUUCAUCCUUGCAGAUUGUUGGCCACAUUCCAAGGUCACACAUGGAAGGGCUUUGCUGUCUUUUUGCAGUUUGGGAUGAUUCUCCCCUCUUUUUCCACACACAAAACCACACAUUCCAAUGUGGGGCUGCUUCUCUGUUGUGAUGUCCCAGGAUUUCAUGAAAUACAGUGGUACCUCGGGUUAAGAACUUAAUUCAUCUGGAGGUCUGUUCUUAACCUGAAACUGUUCUUAACCUGAAGCACCAUUUUAGUUAAUGGGACCUGCUGCUGCUGCUGCGCUGCAGCUGCAUGAUUUCUGUUCUCAUCCUGAAGCAAAGUUCUUAACCCAAGGUAAUAUUUCUGGGUUAGUGGAGUCUGUAACCUGAAGCGUAUGUAACUCGAGGUACCACUGUAUGUGUGAAUAUUGCAGCAUGAGUGCAGUGGUGUUUUAGGACAUUUCUGACUCUGAACUUAGCACACGCACACACCCUCUUUAGAUAGAAAUGUGUUUUACUUCAUUUUAUUUCAGUUGUGGGUAACCAGCCCUGCUGUAUUCAGGAUGGGGGGACUUCUGCUUGUUCUGAAGAAAGGGGUACUGGACCUCUGCCUCAAAGUCCUGCCCUGACAGCACCAAUGUACACAUGAUCACCUGGGUCAUUACCAAUCAAUCGGCAUCCUGCAAGAAACUCAGUUUGGUUGCUCUCAGAUCAGAAAGGCCUGUGCAGGUAUCCCAGGGUUAAUGUAAGCUUUUAGGUCUGUGCAGGACUUUAGUCACAAGUGACAUAUUUCGUGACUCAUUUACUUGUAAGCCAAAUCAGUGAGGUUCAUGAAUAGGGCAUGGAGGGAAAACAGGACAGUAAAGCAAUGAAUUUAAUAUUGUUCAGUAUGGACAGAAGCAAUAGAGCAUGACAUGCCCAUAUGGUGUGUAUAUCUAUAUAUUAAUAAUGAGUUCCUGAUAUCUAGAAAAAACUUAAUGGCGUGGGGAUGCUACAAAAAUAAUUGAGGUCAUUCUACAAAUCCUGCAACUCUGUGCACAUGCAUACAACAUCUCUCUAACUUUGCCAAAAGUUCUCUUAUGCAUUUUAAAAAGUGGUGUGGGUGAACCCAUGUUACUUGUGCAGGAACAAGGGCUGAGCUGAGAAACUGGGCCCCUCCAGAUUACCUGUUUCUUGAACUUUCACCCUGACUGGCUUUACACAGAGAUUAGACUACAGUAUGACCAGUCUUUAAUGAGCUUUCAUUCUGAUUUGUUUACAGGGUAGUUAUAUGGCAAUCAUCUCCCAUCUUGUAGCCAUCCUGAUCUACUUUGGAGUGUUUACACAUCUUCUUGUUAGUCAUUAGUUUAUCCCACACUUUUCAAUGAAUUCUCCAAUCAUUUUCCAAACUGCAGAAAGUCUUUUUUUAAGGAGGAUUUGUUGUGCACUGGAGACUUUUAAUCCACCUUAACUGCACACACCUAAAGUGCAUGAAUCCCUCCUGCAAAAUCCUGACAAUCUAGAGGGACCAUUAUGUCUCUAUGUAAGGGAGAGGUACCACCUUCUCUGGAGGAUUGAAGGGGCCCAACACAACGUCUUUAUGUCACAUCUUUAUGACAUGAUGUCUUUAUGUCCUGAUGACACACACACAAUGUCAUGCUACAUCAGGACAUCACAUGUGGGGUCCUCUGAACAUUGAAGGGGUCUGGACCCCUAAGAAAAAGAGCCAGUGCCCUUGAUGUAAGGUGGCUUUUAUUAUUUUAUUUUAUUUAUUUUAUUAUUGUCCCCAAUUAGCUUCUGAACCCAAUCAAAGUGCUGAUUUCUAUCUAUAAAGCCUUACACAGCUCAGGACCUCAAUACCUAAGGACAGCCUCUCCCCAUACAAACCAACCUGGACCCUGCACUUGUCAUCUAAGGCUCUAUGUCCUCACUCCCUGAGAGGUUCAGAGGGUGGCAACACAAGAAUUAGUCUUUUUUCUGUGGUGGCCCCCAAUCUGUGGAAUGCUCUCCCCAGAGAGGCUUGCCUGGCACUAUCAUUAUAUGGCCUUUGUCCAUUAAAUAAUCUAUGGUCUGUUAAAACUGGGGGAGUGGCUGUUAUUAUGAUUAUUUUAUUAUUAUGCUAUUAUUGUGCUUUUUAUUAGGUUUUUAUUGUUAUGCUCUAUAAAAUGUGUUCUUAAUGUUGUAAGCACCCUAGGAUCUUUUGAUAAAGGGUUGUAUAUAAAAUUAUUGUUAUUAUUAUUAUUAUUAUUAUUAUUAUUAUUAUUAAAAUUAGAGAGGGGUUUAACAAGAAUGUAGAAUACAUUUUGAAAAGCAAAGUGACUUUAGCAUCUAGUUGUGGACUGAAUUGCUAAGACAUCAGGAUGUUAUCACAUCAUUUGGCUGCAUGUGUGUUGACCCAGGUGUGGCUCUUUGUUGCCCAGAUGGUAAAUGUUCUGGACUAUGGCUAAGCAAUGCUUGAUAUGGUGGGGAAUUUAAUCUAGACUACCCAUUUACACAUUGUAAAACAAAACAAAACAAAAACAGAUUUUCAGUAUACCUGAAGGAGCGUCUCCACCCCCAUCAUCCAGCCCAGACACUAAGGUCCUCCUCCAAGGGUCUUCUGGUGGUUCCCUCCCUGUGGAAUGCCCUUCCUUCAGAUGUUCAGGAGAUUAAGAACUACAUAACUUUAAGAAGACAUCUGAGGGCAGCCCUGUAUCGGGAAGUUUUUAAUGUUUGAUGUUUUAUAUAUUCUGUAAGCCACCCAGAGUGGCUGGGGAAACCCAGCCAGAUGGGCGGCGUAUAAAUAAUAAAUGUAUUAUUAUUAUUAUUAUUAUUAUUAUUAUUAUUAUUAUUAUUUUAUUUACUACUAGUACUACUAUUCCUAUUACAGUAUUACUAUUACUAUUCUCUGCCACUCUUUCAAGGAAAGGAUUGUCCUUUGUCAAGAAGGACACAUGGCCACCCCAAUCUAAUCCAAGUUUUGUACUUCCAGGUAAUGCUCUCUUCUUUGCUGAUCUAUUUCUAUUCUGUCACUUCUCACCCACUUCCCAUAGCGCUGCAAGGAUCGCCUAAACUCUCUGGCCAUCUCGGUAAUGAACCAGUGGCCAGGGGUAAAGCUGCGUGUGACGGAGGGCUGGGAUGAAGAUGGGCACCACUCAGAGGAAUCGCUGCACUAUGAAGGCCGUGCUGUUGACAUCACCACCUCUGACCGUGACCGCAACAAGUAUGGGAUGCUCGCACGUUUAGCUGUUGAGGCUGGCUUCGACUGGGUCUACUAUGAAUCUAAGGCUCACAUUCACUGCUCUGUCAAAUCUGGUAAGGACAGUUUUGAGAUGGGAUUGAGGGAGAUUGGCAGGAAUGGGGGCGGCAGUGGGAGAGUAUCUGUGAAUCAUGUAUAAGGGAGAUAGGCACAAUUGAAGAAAGGUUUGGGGUAAUGGAAGGUGGAGUGGGUAAGUUAUAAGGUUGAAGAGCACAUUUUUGUUUGUAUGGGUCACCGUGGGAUAACAGUAGCAAUGCUGUACUCCAUUCUUACUGUUCAUCAGAACUGGGCAACCUGUGGACCUACCAGUAUUGUUGAACUCAAACUCCCUCCAGCCACAACCAGCAUGGCCAAUUAUCAGGCAUAAUGGGAGUUGUAGUCCAGCAAUAGCUGGUGAACCACAGAUAUUCUCCCAUCCCUGCAUGCAAUUAAAUACCUUAUGUUAGCGUUAGCUAAUCUUGGUUUGGCUUAGUUCCCCCGAGUGUCUCCCUCACUGGGCUAGGACCAAGCACACCUGCUCUAAGAUCUGGUUGUUAUAAAGCCACAGGAAAUAUUUCCCUGCAAAUACUCUCCCUGUUGAACACCUGGCUAAUAUUUUUCAUCUGAGCUGCAUAUCCUCUCAUCCAGAAAAAAAUAUGUAGAUUUCUACAAGCAGUGGGCAGCAACAAGUUUGGUCCAGCCCUAGGUAUAUUAAGGACAGUAGGGGCCUGAGUUGUUUGUUGGGAUUAGGUGCUGAGGUUCUCCCCCUGUUGGCCAGAGUACCACACUUUGACUGUGGCAUCUUGUUCCUAUGCUUUGACCAUUAGCAUGAGCUGCUGGUGUUCCGGCCCUUUCCAGACCCACAGGGUCUCUGGUUGAUGGGAAGGAAGUGCCUUUGCCCUGCCUUGAGCUUAUACUGCCUGACCCAACAGCCGAGUCUCCACCUACCUGACUGCAGCACACCAGGAGAGAUCAGCGCUGGAGAAAGAGUGGAGCACAACCUUCUCCCCUCUGGCACCAAUAUGGACUGUGCCACUUUAUACUCUCCAGGAAGUAGCUGUGCCAGCCAAGUGGCUAAGAAACAAGCACUUUUUGUCCCUUUGGACUUUGGGUCCCCAAAGCCUUGAUAUCUACAAAGCUGCAAGUUAGGUCUAAGUGCGGUGGAUAUAAAAAAUUAUGCAUAAAUCUUCAAAUGGUUGCACUGGGUACUGUGGCCUGCCACCUCCAAGCUGGGCAUCUUGAAUGUGGAGCUCUACAGACUGUCCAUUUCCUCUGAGCUCCACUAGCAGGAGUAGGAAAACACUUUUGAUUUGUCUCUUUGAUGCUGCACACAUUCCUGGGAUGCUGUGUCUGCUUCUGGGUGCCCAUGCUUCCAAAAGGAUAUUGCAACACUACAAAGUGCCAAAGACUGGGAAACUGUCUUGGUAGUAAAUGACUAGAGGAGCAGCACAAUCUUGCAGGGAAAGCACUGGAUGCUGGAGGGUUGGCAACAGCUUUGAUGGAGACUGGGUGGGGCAAAAAGGAUGAGCGUGAACCAACACUAGAGAGUUUAUCCUGGGUGCAGGUUUUACUACAGGUGGAGACAAGCACUUGAGUACAGGCUAUUCUGGAAGGGAGGCAUUGCUCCAGUAUUUCAGGCUGAUGGAUGGUGGGUAGGGCUAAUGUAUAGUGCCAGGGUGGCUAACCUGUGGCCUGCCAGGUAUUUGGACUCUAGCACUCAUCAGCCCCAGCCAGCAAGACCAAUAAUGAGCAUUGAUGGGAGUUGUAGUCCAGCUGCAUCUGGAGGGCUUUGGGUUGGUCACUCCUGAUGCAGUGGAACAUACUGAGUACAGAAGGAAUGUCCUGGCCUGUGUAAGAUAAAGUGUGAGAGAAGCAAACACUGGUUUAAUGGAGGACUUUUAAGUGUCUGGAAAUGGUGUGUAUUCAGGGCAGCUGGCCUGCCAUAAGUACCUUAAUAAAUGGCCUUUAUUUUUGUACCAUUUGUGUGGCCUGGUCUGUCUGUCCUCUGCCCUCCCCCAAUCUCUUCAUCCACUUGGCUUCUGCAAGUCUUACCUCCUUUUAAAAAAAAUGAGCUAUACUAGCUUUUUAUAUUUAAACUUGCCCUUUUCCUGGAGACUUGGGUUGAAACCAAACUAACAACAACUACCACUACAAUCCCUCCAGGUUGCACACUAGCUUGGCCAUAGCCACUGAAUCUGAUCCCAUAGCAAAAAAACCACAAAACCCUCUUUUAGAACAGGCUCAGUGUAUUUUUACCUAUAAGGCUUAAAAUGAUAUAUUUUUUAAUGAACAUACAUCCUACACUGCCUCAAAUGUUCAUUUGAUUUCUCUUCCAUGGAUGAAUGCCAAUUAACUGAACAUUCACAAAAAUGUCUCCUGUAAAGCACUUAUCAGACUCUGGAAGGGGAUUCUUUCAUUGCACCUCUAUGUAUCUUCAUUGUUUGGACUUGGCACAGAGAUGGCACAAUCUUGCUCAUGGUACCAGGAGCACCUUCUUGACUGUAUCAUCCAUGUAGCAAGCAGGUCAUAAGAACAGAGGAAGCUGCCUUUUUCAAUGUCAGACCACUCAGUAUUAUCUAAACUAACUGGCAGCAGCUCUUCAGGGUUUCAGACAGGAAUAUUUUCCAGUUCUACCUGGAAAUGCUGGAGACUGAACCUGGGACCUAAGCAUGUGCUCUUUCACUGAGCUGUGACCCUUCCCAAACAAUGAAGAUACAUUGUGUAUUGAUUUUUACUGUUUCAAUUGACAUAUGGUAUGCUCAAAAGGGCACCCUUGGUCACUUGGCCAUGACUAUAUCAUCUGUGAGCCAAGACUGAACAAUGGAGAUAUGCAGAUGCAUGACUAUGGCAUGGCAUCUGCUAAACUCUCCAUUUUUAAGUGUCUUCUUCCCACAUGGUGACAACUUUUAGCAUUUCAUAUAGACAUAGCAAUUGGUUUCAAAUGAAUUAUAUGAGUACGGUAGACCGUUUUUAUUAUUUACUUAUUGCACACAUGGGACUAAGAGAGAGAAAGAAUGAAAGGGAGAACAUGCCUAUAGCAGCUCACUCUCUGAGUUGCUCUGCCGUACCAACUCCAUUGCUCUCUACAUACCAACAUCUGUUUGCAUGUGGUUAAAUCUGACCUACAAUAGCAGCAGAUGUUGCACAAAACUGAGAUUAUCUCACAAGUCAGUUGCAUGCCAGAUCCAAAGGUGAGCUUGGGGCUGUGUUGGCUGCUCCUUGUAGACAGGGACCCCCAUUCUUGCAAAUGGUGAAGUGAAUAGGAGAAAGAAAGGCAUUGCCCUCUUGGCCCUCUUCUGCAAGGCUGUGGGUGGCUGUUUGUUCGUUUUAGAAUCAGUGCUUUUUUUAAGGAAAAAAAAGAUGCCAGUGCUCACCAUGAAGUUGUUACAGUAAGCGCUACACUUUUAACAGGGGUGGGUGGGGGCUACUGAUACUGUAUACCCUUGAGUGCUCCCUGAAAAAAGAACUGUUUAGAAUCAUUACUGAAAAACAACCAACUGAGAAUUGGAGGAAAAGAGUACUGUUUUUGUUAAGUACAAGGAAGUUGGACAUGAAAAGUGCCUAGAGAGAACGGGACAUAUUCUCUGCUACCUUGGGGAGGCUCUCCUUUCAUCUUAGGGAUCUGAAGAACUAGCUGGAGGGAAGUCAAUGCUGCAUAAAUCACACAUGAUACAAUAUGCUUUAUAUUGCCAUCAUUGCACUGUUGUAUGGAGGUCCUGCUAGCAGGUAAUAAUAAUAAUAAUAAUAAUAAUAAUAAUAAUAAUAAUAAUAAUAAUAUAUUAUUUAUACUCCACCCAUCUGGCUGAGUUUCCCCAGCCACUCUGUGCAGCUUCCAACUGAGUGUUAAAUACAAUACAGCAUUAAAUAUUAAAAACUUCCCUAAACAGGGCUGCCUUCAGAUGUCUUUUAAAGAUAAGAUAGCUGCUUAUUUCCUUCACAUCUGAAGGGAGGGCGUUCCACAGGGCAAGUGCCACGACCGAGAAGGCCCUCUGUCUGGUUCCCUGUAACCUCACUUCUCGCAAUGAGGGAACCACCAGAAGGCCCUUGGUGCUGGAUCUCAGUGUCCGGACUGAACAAUGAGGGUGGAGACGCUCCUUCAGGUAUACAGGACCAAGGCCGUAUUAUUUAUUAUUAUUUUUUGUUUUCCAUGGGAUACUGUGAGAGCAGGAUACUGAAUUAGAUGGGUCCUUAGCCUCAUCCAGCAGGGCUUCUGUUAAGUUUUAAAGAAAUUUAAAUCAGUACUAUUUAGAAACUAUGUGUGCUUUACCAGCUUUCUGAUGGGUUAUGUGAGCUUCAGAAGCCAUAGCUGCCUUUUUGAAAAGUAAGUAUUUCUUCUUAUUGUGGUCCUUGUUUCUCAGGCUGAGCAGAUCUAUUCUGAUGCUCUUAAUUGGCUGUUGAACCCACCCAUUUUUAGAGGGUGGCUUUUCCUACCCUUUCACUGAAGGCUGAUGGCUAAAGAAUGGUUUCUUGCUUUACAUGUCAUUAAUUUCCCACCUUUUCUACUUCCAAGCAGAAGCCAAAUAGUAAAUACAGAUCUUAACCAAAGAAGCACUACAAGUAGACUGAGGAAGUAGACUGAGGCAGAUUUACUGAAGGGCAGUAAAACUGUGUUUGUCAAACCUAUAAAGCAGUUAGAGAAUUAUUGAAUCACAGAAUCUUAGAGCUGGAAGGGACCACAAGGGUCAUCAAGUCCAAACCCCUGCAAUGCAGCAGCUAAAGCAUCCAUGACAGAUGACCAUCGAACCUCUGUUUAAAAACCUCCAUGGCAGGAGAGUCCUACCACCUCUUUUGGAAGUCUGUUCCACUGCUGAACAGCUCUUACUGUCAGAAAGUUUUUCCGAAUGUUUAGUCAGAAUCUUCUUUCUUGCAACUUGAAGCUAUUGGUUCGAGUCCUACCCUCCAGACCAGGAGAAAACAAGCAUGCUCUCUUUUCCAUGUGACAGCCCUUAAGAUAUUUGAAGAUGGCUAUCAUAUCUCCUUUCAGUCUCCUCUUUUCCAGGCUAAACAUACCCAACUCCUUCAAGCGCUCCUCAUAAGGCUUAGUUUCCAGACCCUUGAUCAUCUUGGUUGCCCUCCUCUGCACAUGUUCCAGCUUGUCCACAUCCUUCUUAAAUUGUGGUGCCCAGAAUUGGACACAGUUUUCCAAGUGUGUCCACUUGGAAUUACAGUCAGUGCAAGCCAGUUUUGAGUGUCUGCAUUUGCAAGUGGAGAGCAAAUUAUUGCUUCAGACGCAGUGAGCUGGGAGGUAAGGCAGAAUAGAGUGGUACUAUUACUUCCCUUGAUCUGGACACUAUACUUCUGUUCAUACAGCCUAGAAUAAUAUUAGCUUUUUUGCUGAUACAUCAAUAUGUUGACUCAUGUUAAGCUUGGGUCCACCAAGACCCAUAGAUGCUUUUCACAUGUACUGCUAGUAAGCCAGAUGACCCCCAUCCUAUAUUUGUGCAUCUGGUUCUUCCUGCCUAAGUGCAGAACCAUACAUUUGUCCCUAUUGAAAUUCAUUUUGUUAGCUUGCACCCAGUUCUCCAAUCUGUUACGGUCAUUUUUAAUUCUGAUUCUGUCUUCUGCGCCAUUAGCUACCCCUCUCAGUUUGGUGUCAUAUGCAAAUUUGAUGAGCAUCCCCUCAAUUCGUUCAAUCAAGUCGUUUAUAAAAAUGUUGAACAACAAUGGGGCCGGGACAGAACCCUGCGGCACCCCACUUGUCAUGUUUUUCCAGGAUGACAAGGAACUAUUAAUGAGUACUCUUUGAGUUUGGUCAGUCAACCAGCUACAAAUCCACCUAACAGUUACCUUUUUCAACCCACAUUCUACCAGUUUUCUCGCAAGAAUAUCUUGGGGGACAUUGUCAAAAGCCUUACUGAAAUCAAAAUACACUAUGUCCAUAACAUUUCCCUGAUCCACCAAGUUUGUAAUUACAUCAAAAAAAGAAAUCAGAUUGGUCUGGCAUGACUUAUUUUUGAGAAAACCAUGCUGGGUCUUAGUAAUCACAGCAUCCUUUUCUAAAUGCUCUCAGAUCGACUGUUGAAUUAUCUGUUCUAGGACCUUCCCUGGUAUCGAUGUCAAGCUCACUGGUUGGUAGUUAUCUGGCUAUUCCUUUCCCCCCUUUUUGAAGAUGGGGAUAAUAUUUGCCAGCCUCCAGUCUGUAGGGACCUCACCUAUUCUCCAAGAAAUCUCAAAGAUAAUAAACAAAGGCUCUGAAAUUACACCCACAAGCUCCUUUAGUACCCUUGGUUGCAGUUCAUCAGGCCCUGGAAAUUUUAAUUCAUUUAAAGUAGCUAGGUGUUCCCUUACUACCUCUUUUCAUAUUUUGGGCUGCAGCUCCCUCCUUACAUCAUUUAUUCUGUUAUCACCAGGUUGGGCAUCACUUUCCUUUUGAGUGAAGACAGAGGCAAAGUAGGUGUUGAGUAGUUCCACCAUUUCUCUUUCAGCCAAUAGCAUUUCUCUGUGUUCCCCACGCAGAGGACCCACCACUUGCUUGUUAUUCCUCUUACUUCGGACAUAGCUGAAUAAACCUUUUAGUACAGUGGUGACUCGCAAGACGAAAUUAAUUCGUUCCGCGAGUUUUUUCGUCUUGCGAAGCACGGUGUUGGAAAAGUUUUGGAAAAGCUUCAAAAAUCACCAAAGUCUUCAAAAACCUCAAAAAAGGCUACCACACCGCGUGCUUUGAGUUGCUCCUCGAAGUCAAGUCGCAACUGUAUUAACGGUUUUAAGAAAAAGGAAACAAACUUGCAAGACGUUUCCGUCUUGCGAAGCAAGCCCAUAGGGAAAAUCGUCUUGCGAAGCAACUCAAAAAACCAAAAACCCUUUCGUUUUGCGAGUUUUCCGUCUUGCGAGGCAUUCGUCUUGCAAGGUACCACUGUAUUUUUAACCUCUCUUGCAAGCCUGAGCUCAUUCUGAGCUUUAGCCAGCGUGACUUUCCAUCUGCAACUGUUGGCUACUCAUGUAUACUCCUCCUUUGUGAUUUCCCCUUUCUUCCAUUUCUUAUACAUGCCCUUCUUAACUCUCAGUUCAUCUGUAAGCUCCUUAUGCAGCCACACUGGUUUUUUUAUAUGCCUCCCACUUUUCAUUCUUGUUGGUAUUGUCUGCAUUUGGGCCUCCAAUAUUUCUCCUUUUAAAAACUUCCAUCCUUCUUGGACUCCCUUCUCACCAAGCAUUUCUGACCACGUGAUCACACCCAGUAGCUCCUUCAGCUUUUCAAAAUUGGCCUUCUUAAAGUCCAGAGUGUGUGUCUGACUACACUCAGUUUUCCCUUGCCUCUGUAUCUUCCAACCCAGGAGAGCAUGAUCACUUCCUCCAAAGUAUAACAAAGAUAGUCUUUGCUAUCUUUGUUAUAAUGUGUAAAAGAUCAGUGGUAGAAUAUUUGUUGUUGAUGUUUGAGAGUGUGCAUUAUUCAUUCAUUCAUUCAAACUAUAAUUGGAAGGAGGAAACAGAAAUAGGGGUUGCCUGCUAGCACCCUUACCACACAAUUCCCAGCAUAUUUGAGGAAGACAUGACCGUUAACCAAUGUUUUUUAUUUAGCUGGUGUAAAUUAGUUGUGUAGAUAUACUCAAUAAGACCAUUGGAUCCUAGGUGUUGGUUAAUCAAGAUCAGCCUUUCCCAACCUGUAGCUCUCCAGAUGUUGAUUGACUACAACUUCUAUCAUCCCUGACCAUUGGCCAUGCUGGCUGGUGCUGAUGGGUGUUGCAGUCCAAAACCUCUGGAGAGCAAUCAGAUGGGAAAGGCUAUUUCAGAUGAAUGAUGAAUGUGCUGUUGUGCAUGUGACAUCAUAUAUCAGGCCCUCCAUCCUCUCUAUGUGGUACUAGAAACUCUCUUCAGCACACCCCUUUCUCAAUCCUGCCCCUACUGCCCCUGCUUUGCACUCCUCCUUGAGUGUUCCUGAAUGGCUGAAAUGUGUCAUUGAACUCCAAUUAAACUUCUGCCCUGGAUGGAGUGUAGGAAGGGGUAUGUGUAGAAGCUAACCUGCUGUACAAAGGUGAAAUUUACAUUCACUGUCUUUGGCCCCACUCACCACUGGCAUGUGGCCCCCCCAAAGGGUUUCUUAGAAAGGAAUGUGGUCCUUGGACUGCAAAGUUUCCCAACUCCCCUGCUAGAUGAAUUAAUCAGUAGUCUAUAUGAACUGUACUGUUCAUAUGAACAGUAGUCUACAUGAACAGUAGUCUAUAUGAACUCCACCAACCUACAAAACAGAGGCCACUUGAUUCCAGUUGAAAGGCCCCCAUAACAAAACUUACCCUCAUCACAACCACCCAUAGCCCAUCUAAAUCUUACCAAAUUUCAUUUAUGUUUACUUAUUUGCACCUUAAUCAAAUCUCCCUCCCUCUAGUAACUGGGUUGGUCUCUCUAUUUGUUUCUCCCUCUCCCUCUCUUUGUCUAGAGCAUUCAGCAGCGGCAAAGACAGGAGGCUGUUUCCCAGCCCAGGCACUGGCAACUCUAGAAAGCGGGACCAAGAUUCCAGUGUGGGCACUGAGGCCUGGGCAGCGGGUCCAAGCCAUGGAUGAGCAAGGCCGUCCCAUAUACAGUGAAUUCCUGGCAUUUCUGGACAAGGCAUCAUCGGCACGGACUGCUUUCCACGUCAUUGAGACGCGGGAUCCACCCCGCCGCCUUGCCCUCACUGCAGCACACCUCCUUUUUGUGGGGGAGAAUGCCACUGCACCCAUGAAGGCUAUUUUUGCCAGCCUGGUACACCCAGGCCAAUAUGUGCUGGUGACAGAUGGGAGUGAGCUAAGACCAGCCAGGGUAGCAGCAGCCUCAGUGCAGAUGGAUAUUGGGGCCUAUGCCCCCCUCACUCGCCAUGGGACGGUGGUGGUGGAUGGAGUGGUAGCAUCUUGUUUUGCUUUGGUGCAGGAGCAGCACCUGGCCCAGCUGGCCUUUUGGCCCCUUCGACUCUUUCGCAGCCUGGCAGGGGGUGAGCAGACUCAACCAGAAGGCGUUCAUUGGUACCCUGCCCUUCUCUAUCGCCUAGGCCGAAUGCUCCUGGCUUCGAACAGCUUCCACCCAUUGGCCACAGCACAGUUUGAGAGAUGAGACGACGUCAUCAGGUGCCCCUUAAAGAGGGAGAAACCAGGUGUCACCUCCUGUGGUUAUAGGGAGGGACUGCAUGGUAGCCAGAAUCCUGAAUGUGGGGGAAAGGUGAGGCCACUGGCUCCCUAUACCCUUUCCCAGGCAUAAGGGCCAAAGAGAGGUUUUUACCUCUAUCUGAGUUGCCCCUUUUUGGCAGGUUACAGAAGGGGAUGCCCAAUGACAGGGUUGUAUGCUGCUAUUUUGGUUCAGGAGCCUCUGAUAGAUAACCAGGUGGAUGCAGGUAGUGAGUGGAGGCCUGGAAGCCUGGGGUGAAUGAAUGAGGGGAAGGAAAUCCUGCAUCUCAAUAUGCAGACUGGGGAAGUUGGAGGGGGUGGGCUGCUACAAGAAGGUAUCUGGGAGGGCUGAGUAUGGGGGGCCUGCAGGACACUUUCUCUCGGCAGACAUCCAUGUGGUGCUCCUCCUAGCACUGUGGCAGGCAAAGUAGCUUUAAGGAAGACAUAUGGGACUCUUCCAUUGCUCUUUCCAGCUGCCAGUCAACUGGGCUUGUGAGUGGGACAAGAGGUAGUGCACCAGCCCUGAAGUGGAGAGGUGGGCACGAGUUAUGAUGAGGGAAGAGACAGUAGAAAGUGAAGGUUGUUUAUAAAAUCACACCGUCUUCUCUGGAUCAGGUGAAUUUAAGCCUGGAAUACUUAUAAUGCCUCAUUUCAUUCUCAGAUUCAGUAAAGAAUCACUCCACCUAUAAUCAGUAGUGGACACUGGCAGCUUGCACCUGACCUCCAGUUGGUUGCAUUGCGUCUACUUACCAGGAGGUAGCUCAGGGGCAAGGCAGUAGUAAGGUUGAGCCAGACAAAUUUGUGUUUCUCCCAGUGCAUUUGCAUCAGUGUUGUCACUUCACCCCUCUACCUCACAGUAACCAGUAGAUCCGACUGACGGGAGGUCAUGUGAACACCGCCACCCCACCAUGCCAUCUGCUACUAGCAAUAACCAUGCACUGAAAGAACAGGGGUUUGUAUAGGGGAGAGAAAUGUGCCUUAUCAAUGUGCUUUAAGUAUUGAAUGCUCAUCAAAAGUAGGCUAAAACAGUUUAACUAGGGAUGUUAACCCAUGUUCUUGAAAGGAAAUCACCUAAAGGGUAGGAUGGACAUUUACACAAUUCCCCCCACCCCCCAGGAAAUGCAUCAUCAAAACCAUUGAUUUGCAUAUACUAAUUUAUAUGUAGUUGCAAAUUUAGAAAUAACAACUUGUUAUUUAAAUAGAAACACAUAUCUCUUCAUAGCAGGGAAGACAGUGACCUAGUGAAUGUUGUGUGCUGUUUCCAGGUGAUAACUGUAGAUGGGCAGCUUCAAGCCUCCCCACUCCUCUGCUGCUCUCCUUUCUUAGGAUUCUUUCUUUUUAAUCCAGAUUCACAGUAGGCAGCCCUUGAAAUAAAGGACUGUCCUUUGCCACCCCUCCAAACAGAAGGCUGUCCUCUGCAAAGUAGGACAUAUUGACGGUCCUGCUGGAGAGCAGGACUUGGAAUACCUAGUUUCUGUUACAGCAAACUGGGACAUGGGGAGGAGAAAUGGAGGUGCAGGAGAGAUGGAUUCAGUUACCUUUUGUAAAACCAUCCUUUGCUUCCUGAAGGUACUGGAGAAGAAUAUAUUCUAUUGGGUUGUAAUUACUGGGUAGAUAAUCUUCCUCCAUUAUCACAGCACUCUAACAGGACAGUCCCCAUUCUAUUAACCCGGCAGAGGUUCUGAUGCCUGUGCUUAUGUGAGAGAAGAAAUGCACUGUCUACUACAUGCUCAAUUUUAGCUGUUCUGUCCUGGAUAUUCUCAGAAGUAACAUAGUAUCUCAGGAUGGUGGAACUACUUGUUCCUAUGAGACCACACUUAUGCAGCAUUGUGGGGGUAACAUUUGCGGGAGAGAAUCAGUUUGAUUGUUUGUUUUUUGGUGGGGCGUUAUAUAACAAUUUCCCAACCAACCAAUUCUCUGAUGCAAUCCCUUCCCUGGCCUUUUUAAAAAAAGCUCAGCCACAUUUCAAGAAAGGAAAGAAACCCAGAUAUUUGGGGGUGGGGGGGAUGAUGACGACAGAGAUUACCUGGGAGAGCACUUGCCAAGAAGAAGCAGUAGGCAGGGGGAGUGUUAAACACUCCCAUCUACUGAUUCAUCCUUGUACACAUGCACGCACACAACAAUCAGAUUCCCUUGGUAAACAUGGGUUUGGGAAGAUGCAUUUGCCAAGGAGAUGCACAGGUCCAUUCUUGGAGCCUCUUCAUGUGUCAGAAAUUUUGUUCCAAGGAAAUAAAUUUUGUGUAGGAAAAAUACAUAUCAUGCACACAACAGUGUCUGAUGAGCACUCACACUAGUUUUCCGCAUGUGCACAUGUGUGUUGGAAAAUGUGGCUUUGUGCUGUGUGUACAUGCAGAACAGUAGACCCUCAUGCUCACCCCAGGUGGCAGUGUAAACAAGGCUUACAAAUAGUUGCUUGUGCAAUUGUGUGUAAUAACAACUUUCAGGUGAUUUGGCAGUUAAGUCUUCUAAUGAAAAGAGUUCAUUUAUUCUCUCCCCCGCCCCCCGCUCCCUUCUCCCUGGGACCAUCCAUGUGCCAAAGAUGACUAAUAGAUUUUUUUGUGGGCAAAUUGGUUAUAUUUUUCUCAGGCUAUUAAUCUUUGAAAAUUUAGUUGUAAAGCUGUUGUAUACAAUCUUUUCCUGCAAGCAAGUAAUAUCCAUUCUGAAAAUAGUCACAUGUGAAGCAGCCCUUAGCUGGGUUCCAGAUGCCCUAAUUUCAUUCACCUCCUUAAAGAAAUCCCAUAGCACUUUGUGCACUCGUCAGAACCAGAAUCUGCCCCUUCCCCACGCUCUUACUUCUUCCUUGUUUGGUACCAGUUAAGUCAUCAAGACAACAAGGAAUAAGCAUGUCCCUUGCUAGCAGCGUAGCUCAGAAGGCCCCCCACAGUCCCAAUAUUGUGACUGGGGUGGUAGCAUCUGGGAAGGCAUCAUCUCCUACCCCAUGACAUUUAUUUAUUUAUUUGCUUGCAUUUGCAGGGUGCUCAAAAGAUUUCCCUGGUGAGGAAACCCUUUUGCUGAAUGACACCAAAUGGGUGGGAUGGGACAUUUUUUUUCUAAGGAUAUAAGUAUUUAAGAAUUAUUUCAGAAGUGAUACUUUAAUGGGACCAUUGGGAAUUGCAAAGCUUUUUGUCUCUUCACUGGAUGUAGAUUUCCUAAACAGGCAAGAAGUCUAAUAAAUCUCUUGACCCACA